CCGACGUCUAGAUGAGAGCGUCGGACAGGCGCGAUGAAUCCCUCGCAGCCCGUAUCGUCGCAGCUGCGCGCCGUGUCUUUUGGCUACUUGUCGGCUGACGACAUUCGCGCGCUGUCGUGUCGCCGCAUUACCUCGACCACCACCUUCGACACGCUGCUGAAUCCCAUUCCUGGCGGCCUGUAUACCCCAGAGCUGGGUCCCUUUGGCGAUAAUGCUUGCGCGACGUGUGGUUUGAAGAGUCCGCAGUGUCCUGGGCACCCGGGACACAUCGAAUUGCCCGUACCGUGCUACCAUCCGACUUUUAUCGACCAGGUUCUGAAGCUGCUGCGAGCCUCAUGCACGUACUGCGGGAAACUGCGCAUGAAGCGCAUUCAGAUCACCAGAUACAUUUGCAAGCUGCGUCUGGUCAGACACGGCUUGUUAAGGGAGCUGAAGCAACUGGACGAGAUCGAGCACCAGGUUGCUAAGAGUCCGUUGGAAGCGAAUGUGGCUUCAGACGACGAUGCGUCGGAUGGAGACUCUGAUACCAAGGCCAUCCAAGCGCAGCUAGAGCAAUGGACCAACAGGACACUCAAACAGGCGAGGAAGGAGGGCCGAAUUUCCGAGCAGAAGAGCGAGGCGGUCAACCAGGAGCGGAGAGUGAUCAUUGCAGAGUUCAUGAACGAAAUCACCAAGAGCAAAAAGUGUGGAAGCUGUGGUGGUAUUGGGCACAAGUACCGCAAAGACCGUGCCGUCAAGAUAUUCAAGGCACCUCUCAGUGAGAAAGAUGCGAUCGCUAUGGUGCAGGCUGGUCUCAAAGCAAAAGAUCCAAUGGUAGAGCUUCGGCGGAAAUUGCGGCUGGAGCAAAAUCGGAAGCGAAAGCGAGACGAAGAUGAAGGCGUGGCAGAUAUGGACAACUCCUCUGAAGAGGAUGGUGACGACGUGAAUACGGACGAGUCGGAAGGCGAGCCAGAGAUUGUGGGUGGUGUUGUGAUGGACGAUGCCAUGGAAACUCCCGCCAACAAGAAAUCGAAAGGCGCUGAGCAGGAGUAUUUGAAUCCGCAGCGAGUGCACGCGCACAUCCAGCAGCUCUUUGACUGCGAUGGCGAGGUGCUGAGCCUGGUGUAUGGACGUGAUCGGAGAAAGGAUGGCCCUCUCUCGGCCGAUAUGUUCUUCGUGAAGGCCAUUCUUGUUCCACCGAACCAAUACAGACCAGAGGCGAAGACUGACAGCAACUCCAUCGCCGAGGCCAACGAGAACAGACAUUAUCGAGACAUUUUGACCGAGUGCGAUCAGAUCUCAGAAGUGCAGAGGGAGCUGACAGGGCACAAACCAGCAGAGCCAAGAUACCGCGAACGCACAUACCUGGACCUCGAAACACGGUGGAUAGCAUUGCAAGAGUGCGUCAACAGUUUGGUCGAUAAGAACCUUGCUCCUGUGUCAGGUCGAGCAGCAACACAAGUCCCGGACGGUGUCAAGCAGAAGCUUGAAAAGAAGGAGGGUAUGUUCCGAAAGUAUAUGAUGGGCAAGCGUGUCAACUUCGCUGCGCGUACUGUCAUCUCUCCCGACCCAAACAUCGAAACGAACGAGAUUGGCGUACCUCCGGUUUUUGCCGUGAAACUCACAUAUCCUGAGCCUGUGACACAAUACAACAUUGAAGAGCUUCAGCUGGCGGUACGGAAUGGACCUCACAUCUGGCCUGGCGCUGUGGCGAUCGAGAGCGAGAAUGGGUCAGUCGUAAAACUGGAACGAAAGAACGCCGAAGAACGAACAGCACUGGCAAACUCUCUGCUGGCCCCAUCAAGCUCUGUCAACAUCCAGGGAAUACGGCCGAAAAAAGUGCAUAGGCAUUUGAACAACGGCGAUAUUGUCAUCAUGAAUCGUCAACCCACAUUGCACAAACCGUCCAUGAUGUGUCAUAGAGCAAGAGUCCUGCCCGGAGAAAAGACUUUGCGAAUGCACUAUGCCAAUUGCAACACCUACAAUGCCGAUUUUGACGGAGAUGAGAUGAACAUGCACUUCCCACAAAAUGAGCUCGCGCGAGCGGAAGCAUUGUCGAUAGCAGACACGGAUCACCAGUACAUCUCAGCGACUGCCGGCAACCCACUACGAGGUUUGAUUCAAGAUCACAUUUCCAUGUCUGUUUGGCUCUGUAGUCGAGACAUGUUCUUCGAAAGAGGCGACUAUAUGAACUUGCUGUAUGCAGCGCUGCGGCCUGAAAACGGGCAUUGCGUCAAUGGGAGAAUGGAGACACUGCCUCCGGCGAUCAUCAAGCCUAAGCCACUCUGGACUGGAAAACAAGUCAUCAGUACCGUUUUGAAGAACCUCACGCCCCACGGUGCUCAAGGCUUGACGCUUAACAGCAAGAGUACAACUAAUGAGAGUAUGUGGGGACCAGGCGGUAAAGGUGAAGCGGAUGUGACCUUCAAAGAUGGCGAGCUGAUCCAAGGUAUCCUGGAUAAGAAGCAAAUCGGUCCAUCAUCCGGUGGUUUCGUCAAUGCUGUAUACGAGGCCUAUGGCCACACGAUCGCCGGACGAUUGCUCAGUGUCCUCGGACGGCUACUGACGAAGCUAGAGCACAUGCGGGCGUUCUCUUGCGGUGUUGAGGAUGUCAUCUUCACCAGGAAUGGAGAAGUCAAUCGACGCAAGGCGCUGGCUGACGCUGAGACUGUAGGUCUUGCUGUGGCUUCCAAAUAUGUCACGUUGGAUGCGCAGAAGCCGAAGAGCGACGAUAAGGAGCUGCGCAGACGACUUGAAGAUGUUACGCGCGACGAUGCAAAGCUUCACACUCUCGAUUCGCUCAUGAACGGUGAGACCGCGAAGCUCAGUGGUGAAGUGUCCAAAGCAUGCAUGCCUGAUGGUCUUGCGAAACCCUUCCCGAAAAAUCAAAUGCAGACCAUGACCACUUCUGGCGCUAAAGGAUCCAAGGUCAACGCCAAUCUCAUUUCCUGCAACCUAGGUCAGCAAGUCCUCGAAGGUCGCCGUGUGCCUGUCAUGGUUAGCGGCAAGACUCUGCCGUGCUUCAAGCCCUUCGAGACGAGUGUACGCGCGGGAGGCUACAUUGUCGAUCGCUUCUUGACUGGUAUUCGGCCUCAAGAAUACUUCUUCCACGCUAUGGCUGGUCGAGAAGGUCUGAUUGAUACAGCAGUCAAGACCUCUCGUUCCGGAUACUUGCAGCGAUGUCUGAUCAAAGGUAUGGAGGGACUACGCGUCGAAUACGAUAGCUCUGUUCGCAAUACCGAAGAUGGUAGCGUUGUUCAAUUCCUGUACGGAGAGGAUGGCCUCGACAUUGGUAAGGCGAAAUACAUGAACGACUUCAAGUUCACGGCCGAGAACUACCUGUCUCUCUUCCAUUCCAUGAACAUGGGAGAAGCUUUCGGCACUCUGGUCAGCGAUGACGCCAAAGACGCCAACAAGGCAGCCGAGAAGAAAUUCCGCAAGACCGGAGAUCUUGGAGCGUCCGAUCCCGCAUUGGCUCUAUAUCCACCUGCAAGACACAUUGGCAGUGUCAGUGAGAAGAUUCUCGCCGACUCACGGGAGUGGGUAGACAAGAAUGAGAUGCGCCUCAUAAAAGAUAAGAAGAAGAACAUCGAGGGCACCGUUUCCAAGAAGAACUUCCAGCACAUCCUCGACGUUCGCUACAUGAAAUCCGUCGUGGAAGCUGGAGAAGCUGUCGGCGUUGUUGCGGGGCAGUCUGUUGGUGAGCCAUCGACGCAAAUGACAUUGAACACUUUCCAUUUGGCUGGGCACUCCGCCAAGAACGUCACACUUGGUAUUCCGCGUCUACGAGAAAUCGUCAUGACCGCAGCGACGAAGAUCUCGACACCGCAAAUGACUUUGCGAAUGGGCAAUGGCACUUCACUGGAAGAGGCAAAGAAGUUUGCAAAGGGUAUUUCCAAGCUCACGUUGGCCGAAAUUAUCGACAAGGUUACCGUGUCGGAAGCGAUCGGCACAGGAGUUGCGUACAGUGAAGCCAAGAAGUACGAGAUCCGACUCGACUUCUUCCCCAGCGAGGAGUACAAAAAGGAAUAUGCCAUCACGAUUGGCGAUGUCGUUCACACUAUCGAACGGCAUCUUCUGGAAUGGCUGCAAGCCAAGGUCAGGAAAGAGCUGAAGAAAGCUGGUGACCUGAGUUCCAUCAAGGCGGUCGAAAAGGCCAUGGCUGCUGAGGUAGGAGAAUCUGCCGGUCCUAUCGAACAGGAACGCGCGCAGCCACAGGCCGAUCGCCAAGGCGGAGACGACGAUUCAGACGGCGAAGGCGACGAUGACGCUACGCGCGACAAGGCUAAGAGCAACAAGCAGCAAGGCGGCUACGACGACCAAGAAGAUGAUGAGGAAGCUGCCAUCAGGAAUCGCAACGCAUCUCCAGAGCCCGAGGAUCAAGAUGACGAUGAAGGCUACCGGUCUUCAAGGUCGUCAUCUCCAGAUUCCGAGGAUGACGCGAAGAGUAACGCCAAACGGUCACGAAAGGUCACGGCGGCAGCUCGCGAAGCACGAAUCAAGAGCAACGAGCUGACCUCAGACAUCACUCAUUUCAACUUCGAUGACAAGAACGGCUCCUUCUGCACCUUCACCCUUGAAUACGACUCAUCCACAGCCAAGAUUCUUAUGCUUGCGCUUGUGGAACAAGGCUUGCACGAAGCUCCCAUUCAGAGCGUCAAGGGCAUCAAGAACGCUGCUGUGGAUGAAUCUUCCGACAAGAAACCCGGCAGCGAGGCGGAGCCGCCAGUGGUUCUCACAAGUGGUGUCAAUGUCCGAGCCAUGUGGGACUACCAGCACAUCUUGAACCCUCAUUACAUCUACACAAACUCUUGUUUCGACAUCUUUGAGAACUACGGAGUGGAAGCUGGACGUGCAGCGAUCGUCCGGGAACUGCAGGGCGUUUUCGGUGGUCACGGUAUCAGUGUCGAUCCGCGACAUCUGAUGUUGAUCGCAGAUUACAUGACCCGAGGUGGUGGCUAUCAAGCUUUCUCGCGAAUGGGCUACAGGACCAAUGUCAGUCCUUUCAUGAAGAUGAGUUUCGAGACUACAUUGGGUUUCUUGAAGGAGGCUGUUAUGAAUGGCGAUGAAGAUGAUCUUGAGGGCCCGAGCGCGAAGAUUGUGGUGGGCAAUAUCAAUCGUAUGGGGACGGGUGGUUGUGAUGUUUUCAUGCCAGUCAGGAAUACUGAGAGGGAGAGCGAUGACGAAGAUGAAGAGAUGCAGGUUAAUGGUGCUGUGGAGGAGGUGGAGGAGGAUGUGGAAAUGGCAGACUAGACUACGUGCGACGAGAGGCUGUUGUUCGGCGGAGUUCUGGACGGCAUGGGACUUGCAACUGUACUCGAUGCAACGUCAUUGAAGAAAUCAUACAGGACAACUGCAAAACACAUCUAUGAGACAGCGACAAAUCCUUUCUCCGUAUCCGUGGCUUAUUCGAAGACAUUCUAUCUUUUGACGUUGAAGUCAUAAGUGAGACAACCAAUCUGUAUCUUGCCUCCGACACCUCCAUUGUUGCCUGCACAC